GAUAGAAAUACUGCAAAUUAGUUUUUUUCCUUUCUCUCUCUCUUCUCCGAGAAAACUAAAACUACUUAAGCUAAAGAAUCAAACACUUCUCAAAGUUUUUCCAAAGCCCUUGAUUAGUAAACACAUAAAGAGAUCUAGAGAGACAGUAGAGAGAGAAGGUGAUGAAUAGAGGUGUGUUGGAGAGUUCGCCGGUUCAACAGCUGAUGGCGCCCGGAAACCCUAAUUGGUGGAACGCAAGCGGCAGCAUGAGGCCACCACAACCGUUGAUGGGUCAUCAGCAUGGGCCGUUGCCGCCACAAAUGACCCCUAACAAUUAUGUCCGACCACAAAUGAUGCCGACUCUCUUGCCGCCCUUCAUGCCAUACCCGGCAACUUCUUCUUCGUCCUCUUCUUCGCCGUCUUUGCCUAAUAACCCUAAUCUCUCCUCUUGGCUCGAAAGCAAUGAUCUCCCUCCUGAGUCUUGGAGCCUUAGCCAACUUCUUUUGGGUGGAUUGAUGAUGGGAGAGGACGAGAGAUUGGAGAUGAUGAACCAUCAUAAUCAUCAUGUUGAACAGCAGCACCAUAAUUUUCAAGGGAAGAUGGGAUUAGAGAACUGGGAAGAACAAGUGCUAAGCCACCAACAAGCUUCCAUGGGGGUUGAUGACAUCAAACAAGAGAGCAACAUUAACAACAGCAAUGGCUACCUCACACCUUCUCCAAACUCACCUCCUAACAAGUCUUGUGUUUCAACCAUAACCACAACAAGUCUAAAUAGCAACGAUGAUAACAACAACAACAACAACAACAACAACAGUAGUAUGUUGGAUUUCUCGAGCAUUCACAAUGGUCUUAAUUUGUCCGAGGGUAGACACAUUCCUCCGGAUCGUUCCUCUGAGUGUAACAGCUUAGAGAUUGGUGGGUCUACUAAUAAAAAGCCAAGGCUUCAGCCUUCUCCUUCGUCACAAUCGACCCUCAAGGUGAGAAAAGAGAAACUCGGAGGCCGGAUCGCAGCGCUUCAUCAGCUAGUAUCACCUUUUGGAAAGACUGACACAGCUUCUGUCCUGUCGGAAGCUAUUGGAUACAUUAGAUUCCUUCAGAGUCAAAUUGAGGCUCUGAGUCAUCCAUACUUUGGUACGACUGCCUCGGGGAAUAUGAGGCACCAACAACUUCUACAAGGAGACAGAAAUUGCUUAUUUCCUGAGGACCCCGGUCAGCUCCUGAAUGAUCAGUGCAUGAAGAGAAGAGAAGCAUCGUUUUCGUCUACGGAAACUCAAAAUGCAAAUGAAGAACCUAAGAAAGAUUUGAGAAGUCGAGGUUUAUGUCUUGUUCCAAUCUCCUGCACACUCCAAGUUGGGAGUGACAACGGUGCCGACUACUGGGCUCCAGCACUCGGCUCUGCCGGUUUCCAUUGAGCCAGACAAACUACGCCACGUGAAAUUCCAACCUUAGAGAAAAUGAUAUAACAUCAUGAGCAGUCAGUCUACUGAGAAACCAACAAAGUGAGUUUCCAAGGCUGAUUGCUCAUGAUGGUAUACAAAGUACUUCGUCUAAUACUUUGCUAGAGAAUUUCCGUUUGGCGUUUGACGAAUAUGCGUUUAUUGUUACAUCACUUUUGUUAUCAGAUGCUCAAGCAGUAUGUCUCCGUGCUUUAAGAAAUUGUUAUUUCAUUUACCGGUUAAUUGUAAUUUGUUUUUAAGUACUUAUUUAAUUACUUCCACGUGGUUUGUAUCGUUAUUAUUGCUGUUAUGAGUUUACAUGUC